AUGAUGACUCAAUGGCAAGGUGUAAAGACGUUGUCACUAGUGCUGUUCGCUUCAAUUCUACAUGUAUGUUCGUCCUAUCUUCACGAGCAAUCGUUCAAUUCUCAACGAUUCACGCUUGAAGAUGUGUUGCCUCCCCUCGUUCCUCUGGCUACAGAUGGAUCAAGCAUGUAUUCAUACGGGGAGAACUCCAACCAUUGCACUAGUGUCCCAGUAGUAUACACGAACGACCCCUCAUCGAUCUCAUUGUGGCUAUCAGAAAAUGUCCCUGAUGGAAAGAUUGGAAUCAUUGGCUUUGACACAGAGUCUCUUCCCAGAUAUUACAGGCGAUGUAGAAAAAAGAAGCCUUUUGAAAAUACGGCAACAGUUCAGCUUGCAACAUCCAGCUCAUGUCUAGUUGUUCAUCUGGUCCGUGAUAACUUUGGAUCUCCUAGUUCUGGCUGUGCUGAACUCCUCCAAAGAAUAAUCGCUGACCCCAAAUACAUCAAAGCCGGUUGUGCAAUCGACGAAGAUCUGAUGGAUCUUCACAGCCUAUGGGGUGGACUGGAUGCGAAGUCACGAUUGGAUCUUAGCACUACUACGGGUUGUGAUCAUUCAAAUCGGGUUGGCCUCAAAGCUCUGGCUGCAAGAACACUAAGUGUUGAUCUCCCAAAGGUGAAAAGGAUCACUUUAUCAGAUUGGACGAAGGUUCCUCUGACGAAAGGCCAGAUAAUAUACAGCGCCAGGGAUGCUUGGGCAGGCGCUGCAAUUGCCGAGCAACUUGCGAAGAAUGACCCAGAUGUAUUUAGUCCAGAGUCACUGAUGGAAUUGUUACGUUUUGAAUUGCCGAUUGCAGAGCUUGGAGAGCGUAAACGAAGACGAGACGAGGCAAAGCAGGAAUUACGGAAAAUUCUGAAACCCUACAAACGAGAUCGCCGACGACAUCUUCCAAAGCAUUUGAAGCGAGAAGUAGCUCGAUUACGGCGCAUUAUCAAAAACAGAGUAGUGGAGUCGACCUGUUUGGUGAAUGAUGAUGUUGACUGUGACAUGGCGUAG